ACAAAAUUAAUUCCCAAAUUCUGUGAGGGAGCGAUGAAAAAGGACAAAAACUUGAAAUUAAAGUUUUGAUGGUUUCCAUAAAUUCACUGCAAGGUGGCGCCAGCUGGAGAUUUUGUCUCCAAAAGUCAAAUAGCACUUAAACGAAUAUGUGGUGGAAAAGUGAAAACUGGCUCAUUAGUAAUCUGAAAAUUUUUUGAGAUGCCAAUUAAUGCCCGUAACCCCAUCGUGACUAAUAUUCUCUGUUAUUAAUAAUUAUUUAUAUUAUAUUUGGCAUCGAUUUUGCAAUUUGUCAUGUCGCUAUGUGUGUGUGAAAAAUACGCGCAAAAAAUGUCGAUUGAAAAACUCGGAAUAGGUAUUUUUAAAUAUCCUCUGAUAAUCGUCAGUGCCUAUUUUUGGCAAUUUUCGCGUUUUUCGCUCAGUUUUGCGAAUUUCAAUGUGGCAACAAGGUUGCGCUGUUGCAAGUUGUCCCUUGUCGGCGAAAUGCGAUUAGAAUGAUGAAAUUUCAGGUCAUUAGCGAUCACGCGUACAGCAUGUUGUAAUACCAAUACGUCAUAAAAAUAAAAAUUAUCAGGGGAUUUGUCAAAUAAAUCCCCUUUAAACAAUUUUCGUGAUUUGUCACUUUAGCCAUAUGCAGACAUAAAUUUUUUUUUUAAUAAAUCGCUAUUGGAAAUUACCAGAGACAUGAGUAAUGAACAAGAAUUUUUGCCAUUUCCAAAAGGCUUUGCCACAACCGCAAUUCACCACUCACAAGAAGCUGACCAGUGGGACUCGAUGGCUAUCGUUCCACCACUAGUGACUUCUACAACAUUUAAGCAAUAUGGACCUGCGAAGCCUAAGCAGUAUGAAUAUGGAAGGUCUGGAAAUCCAACUAGAAACAUUUUAGAGCAAGUGUUAGCAAACCUAGAUAAUGCAAAGUAUGGUUUAACAUUUGCUUCUGGAUUAGCAACACAUUCAACAUUAUUGGGGUUAUUUAAUAAUGGAGAUCAUGUUAUAUGUGGAGAUGAUGUUUAUGGAGGAACUGGACGACUUUUUCGCCAAGUAGCCACUAAAUUUGGUCUGGACGUGAGUUUUGUAGAUUUUACAAAUCUAGCAGUUGUCAAAAAUUCAAUUAAAUCAAACACUAAACUUAUAUGGGUCGAGACACCUACAAAUCCUUUAAUGAAAAUUGUCGAUAUUAAGGCUGCAGCCAACCUGGGUAAAGAUAACAAUAUAAUUGUGGUAGUAGAUAAUACAUUUUUAACACCCUAUCUGCAGAGGCCAAUAGAUUUAGGAGCAGACAUUGUCAUCUACUCUCUAUCCAAAUAUAUGAACGGUCAUUCUGAUGUUAUUAUGGGUGCACUGACAACAUCUAAUGAGGAAUUGUAUGAGAAGCUUAAAUUUUUGCAAAAUGCAAUGGGAGGUAUCCCAAGUCCAUUUGACUGUUAUUUAGUUAAUAGAGGCUUGAAGACUCUGGCAAUUAGAAUGCAGCAGCAUCAGAAGAAUGGGUUGGCAGUGGCUAAGUUCCUUGAACAACAUCCAAAAGUGGAAAAGGUACUAUAUCCUGGUUUGAAAUCUCAUCCACAAUAUGAUGUCUUUAGGAAACAAACCAGUGGGCAUAGCGGUACAUUCUCAUUUUACUUAAAAGGAGUUUUGAAAGACGCUGAAACGUUUUUAAAUGCUUUGAAUGUGUUUGCAAUUGCCGAAAGUUUAGGUGGAUAUGAAUCUUUGGCAGAAUUACCUUCAGUCAUGACUCAUGCCUCUGUACCCCCUGAACAUAGAGCCGCAAUUGGUAUUACAGACAAUUUGAUCAGGUUAUCUGUGGGGAUUGAAGAUGUUGAAGAUUUAAUAGCUGACCUGGAACAAGCCUUUUCUAAAAUCGAUUAAUAUAUUUUCUGUGAAAUUUAUAUAUUUGGCAAUAAAUUAUUGAAUCUUUGA